UGAAACGAACAUAUUUGUUUAUGCUCGCAAAAUUUAGUUAAGCCAACACGUUCAUUCGAUAUUAAACAGAAAAAUUAAUUUGUUUAUGUAACUUAAUUAUAAUUUAACUUUUCUACAUUGUUCAAAAAUGUCUUUCGAUACAAUACCAAAAGAUUUGCGUGGACUGCGUGCUUGCUUAGUGUGUUCACUUGUGAAGACGUUCGAUCAAUUCGAAUGUGACGGGUGCGAUAAUUGUGACGAAUUCCUGCGUAUGAAAAACAACAAAGAUAAUGUAUAUGAUCACACAAGUAAUAAUUUUGAUGGCAUUAUUUCGCUGAUGAGUCCAGAAGAUUCUUGGGUAGCGAAAUGGCAGCGUUUGGGACGCUUUACUCGUGGCAUCUACGCUAUCUCGGUAUCAGGCAACCUUCCUCAAGCAACACUCCGUGAAAUGAAAAGUCGCGGUAUUCCCUACAGAUCGAGAGACACUAGCCAGCGUUAAACUACUCUAAUAAUAUAAGAAUAAUAAUUAAUAAAAAAAACUAUGAAAUGAUGUACAAAAGUUAUUUUUAUUGUAAUUAUAAAGCACAUUACAAAAAGUACAAAUAGUAAGUACAGUAAAAUUCGCAAAGUUGACCACAAAAUUUAAUACAAAUUAAAACAAACUCAUAUGCGUACAUAUGUAUGUG